GGUUUCACUUUUUCUCUUGGCUUUUGGCAGUUUGGCUUUCUUCUUCUCGAGGCCUCCGCCACCGCAUCCGACAGGCAGUUUCUCCUCUUUCUCAACCGGCGCCACCCAACAGCUUCCUUCUCCCACAAGGCCACAACACCAUUGCCCUCUCCGCUCCGUUGCCAACACCUGCAACUGCUCUCUCCAACUCUCCCUUCGGUGCUGAGAGGCUGGGAUCUUUUAUUCCUUCAUUAAAAAAAUUAGAUGAUACUUUUCGCCAAAAAAGAUGAAAUUUCUAGAUGAAUCUCAUGCGUCACUUCAAGAAGCCUCUAGUAGUUAGAAGGACCACCGGUGUCAAUUUCUCUGGAGCGAUUGCUUACAUGGUCACCUAGAGUUGGAAGUUCAGCCGAGAGUUGGAAUCGGACUUCUUCUGACCCAUAUUAAUUCACGGUCAGGAUGGCAGAUGCGAUCAAGAAUGAAGUUGGGUCAUUUCCUCCUGGGAAAAAAAUAACAGUUGCGUUCAUCCUAGGCGGUCCUGGCAGUGGCAAAGGUACUCAGUGUGCUAAGAUUGUGAACCAUUUUGGGUUCACCCAUUUGAGUGCUGGCGAUCUUCUCCGUGAAGAGGCUAAAUCUGAUACAAAACAAGGUGUGAUGAUAAAGAAUAUCAUGCAUCAAGGAAAUCUUGUGCCGUCUGAAAUCAUCGUCAAGCUACUGUUGAAGGCCAUGCUUGAAAGUGGAAAUGAUAAGUUUCUGGUAGAUGGUUUUCCCCGAAAUGAAGAAAACCGCCUAGCGUAUGAGCGUAUUAUUAACAUCGAGCCUGAGUUUGUAUUAUUCAUUGACUGCCCUAAGGAAGAGAUGGAGCAGCGCAUUUUAAAUCGAAAUCAGGGAAGAGACGAUGACAACAUCGACACUAUUAGGAGACGGUUUGAAGUUUUCCAGGAGUCAACUCUACCUGUUGUUCAGUACUAUGAAAAAAAGGGGAAGCUCCGAAGGGUUGAUGGUGCCAAAUCUGCUGAUGCAGUUUUCGAAGAUGUGAAGGCCAUAUUCGCUCAACUGAAGACUCAGGUGAACCAAAAUAGCAGUUUGAGCACAUCUCAAACCAAUCCAUUCAAGCGGUUCCUUAACCUUUUCUGCCGUUGCUUUGGGACGCAAAAGGCAAGAAACUGAUUGUACAAAUGUAAAGUAAAUAACAUGAUUACUGCGGUGAGUGCGUGCAAUAUCCUUCAGUCCCGGAGUUUGGAGCAAUUUGAGUACUGAAAAAUGUGUGUUUUCUGUAAUGUGUAUAUCUGGUGUGGUAUUCUCAUUCAGUUUGUGCAAGCACUGCUAUGAGUGUUGCCGUUUACCAAAGCCUUGCCCAGCUGCAGCUUGCAAAUUUGCGAUAGUCAAGUUUGGUUUGUUUAUAGAUUUCGGUUUGUAAGUGCAAAUGUUCUGUUUGACAGAUCUUCUUACUUGCAUCAACAAAGGCUGUGGGGAAUGGACUAGCAGACCAUAGUAUCGCAGUU